AUGAUAGCAGAAAUAUCAGCUGUUGAUGAAUCUGACUCCGUAAUAGACCAGCAAAAUGAUGUCAACACCAAGUCAAUAGAAGAGGUACCUGAGGUGAUUGCAGAGCAAUCGGUAUCAGAUAAGGUAAUAGAUGAUUUUAUUCUCGAAGAAUCUGUCAAUGUACCUGACUCAGUUAUAGCUAAGCCUCCGCCUAUUCACGAAGUUUAUAGUCAGUUAAAUUUAUCAGAGGUACAAGAUCUAGGGCUGUGCAAUCAGAAUGGUUUGACUCUCACCUCACAGAUCGAAGAGAAGAAUUUGGAUUCAGAAUCAUUCAUAGCCGAUAUCUCUGUAGAAAAAGGUUUAAUAUGUGAAUUACUUGAAUUCAUUAGAAGCCAUAAAUCCUUACCGAAUUCUACUGCAUCUAGUAAACAAAUUCCAGUCGAUUCUGAUCUAGCUUUGGGUUCUAUACCUCAUUUAGCUCACUUAUUUGAUAAAGCUGAAAAAACUGGUCAGAAAGAAAAGUUACGUAAAAAGAGAGAUAAUUUACGCAAGAUGACUCAAAAAGCUAAAAAUAUUUAUACACUGUUUAAAGAAGUAGGAAUAGACAAAAUCGGGUUAGUUAUAUACAGUGUCAAUGCUAUUGGAAGUUUAACGGGUGCACAAAUUCAAAAUAUAAUAAACCUUUACAUUACAGAAUGUCAAAAAGUGAUCAGCGUGAAGAAUUCUUCACACUUACGUGAUCUACCGGCUGAAUCUUCUGAGGUAAGCAUUUUAACCUCACCUAUUCUUUUAUCUCAUGUCUCUAAUUCUCCAGAUAAUUCCUCUGGAAUCGAUUCAAAGAAUUCACUUGCUUCACAAAGUGAUCAGCUCAUUCCACUCCAGAAGAAGUUACCAAAAUGGAAGCGUAAUAAGGUUAUUGAUUUAGUGAUAAAUCGAUUCAAAAGAACUACCUCAUGCCUAGACCUUCAUGCCAGUAUAGAUAGGGAAUGUCUUAACCAAGUAGAUUGCUACCUCAUCCAUGAUAUCGAAGGUAGUAAAAAAUAUUAUUUGAUUUGCGAUAAUAUCCAAGAACCCGGAAUCCUACUUAAUGAGGUGUUAACAUUAUAUUCUGAAAAAACAAGUCCAGAUAACUGGAAUCAUCUUCUGAAAGUUCCAAAUAGAGAAGUAACAGUGAAAGCGUAG